CCGUUUCCAGCCAUUCCGGCUGCUGGUUCCCCCGGUGGAAUGUCACACAACCGGUUUGAGGCCAUUACUGCAGGAAUACAGAAACUGGUCGGCUACAGUUCCUGUCGGCACCGAAACCUCGCUCUUCACCCGCUCACACCCCUCACUGACCUUUCCCCCACAGAGAGCCGGGGCAGCGGGACCCACUGCCGGACAGCCACCAUGCCAGACUCCGCCAUCGCUUCAUUCGCCGUCUUCAUCCACGCCUGCCUCCUCGUUCACCUGCCCGUCACAGACGGACUGGAAGUGGUCGUUCCCUCGGCCUCGCUAGCCUUACUCGGGGAGGACGCCCUGCUGAACUGCACCUUCGCCCCGGCUCGUUACUCCGCUGAAGAUUUUGUUCUUCACUGGAUCAGGUUGUGGCCCUCAGCGAGAGAGGGCACCAUCUACAGCUUCUACCAUAACCGGGAGCAGUGGGACCAAGUGGAUGUGGAGUUUGUGAACCGCACCCGGCUGUUUCACUCCAGCGCUGCCCCUGGGAGCUGUGCCCUGCUCCUCACUGGGGUCAGGACCACUGACGCCGGGAAGUACAAAGCUUUUGUCCGGACCCGGCUCGGAAUUGGUCAUUACCGCAACGCGUACACAGAGCUGCAGGUCGCAGCUCGAUACUCCCAGCCGCUGAUCAGCCUGUCCACAGUCUGCUCUCAGAACAAAACCGCCCUGCACUAUCUGACCUGCACCGUGAGCGGAGGAUACCCUCUGGCCCACAUCCACUGGCACAACGACCUGGGAGAAGAUCGCACAGCCCACUCUGAAACCACCAACGUCGCCGCUGAAGACGGACUCAUCCAGAUGAGCAGCCAGAUCAAUAUUUCCACCCACUCCAAUCGAACCUACACUUGCUCAGUCUCCAACCCACUGCUCACCCCUCACCACAACAUCAGCGCAACACUGCCAGUGAAUCGGUGUGUGCCUCUUCUGAACACCGGCGUGAUGGUCACGGUCGCCACGCUGAGCAUCCUCUUGCUGUUGUCGCUCGCCUGUGUCGUGCGUUGGUUGGCUUUUCCGAAGAGAGCCACUGACCAGCGAGAACAGGAUGCAUCUGCGACCACCCAAGAGCUCAGAACACUGAGGAUUCUAGACGAACCACCCAGUCUGCACUACACAAGUUUGAAAGACAUGUCCACUGGAACAGGAUGAGAGAUAUAUACAAGGUCACAAUCUUGGAACAGCAUGUCCCUUGGAAGACAGGAUGGUGUCCGAAAGGAGUCCUGGACCAAGGGGGCAGCCUGACAACAGCAUUUUAAUUGGCUCCUGACCAGGUGACCAGGUUUUGUGUGACAGCAGUG